AUGUUGUUUGUGGACGGGGCAUCUAACGCCAAAGGAUGCGGGGUGGGGGUUGUAUUAAUCUUCCCCGAAAAAGAGAUGUUAGAGUACUCCCUAUGCUUCAUCUUCCCUAGGUCGAACAAUAUAACGGAAUAUGAAGCAUUGUUAGCUGGAAUGAAGUUAGCAGAAAAAUUGGAGGUGAAAAACUUGAUGGCCCAUAGCGACUCGCAAUUAGUGGUACAACAGUUCCAAGGCACUUUUGAAGUAAGGGAACCACUAUUGGCCCGUUAUUUACAGAAGGUGAAGGAACUCGCUCCUAGAUUCGAACGCUUUGAACUCAUACAGAUCAAUAGGUCUCUUAACCAGCACGUUGACGCACUGUCCAAAGUGGCCUCCGCUCAAGACACCUCCGGACGAUUGAUUCACAUGGAGGAGCUUCCAGCGGUGCCCUCGGAAGCAAGAAAGUUGAAGACCAAGGCAGCCCGCUUUAUAGUCAUCGGCCAAGAGCUAUAUAAGAGAGGGUAUUCAGUACCAUUACUCAAGUGCUUAGGGACACGGGAGGCAGAUCAGGCCCUGGAAGAAGUUCACGAGGGAGACUGCGGUGAGCAUCUUGGUGCCAGAGCAUUGGCUGGGAAAGUCCUACGAGUAGGUUUCUUUUGGGCCACCCUAAAACAAGACGCAACCCGAAAAGUGCGGACAUGUGAUAAAUGCCAAAAGCACGGCCCUCUAACAGUACGACCCCCGUCAUCUAUCCAACCGAUAUUUCAGUCGUUGUUGUUUGCACAAUGGGGGCUAGACAUCUUGGGCCCGUUCCCUAUGGCGUCAGCACAAAGGAAAUUCUUGUUGGUGGCCACGGAUUACUUCACAAAAUGGGUUGAAGCUGAACCAUUAGCAACAAUAACUGAGAAAAAGGUAGAGGGGAUGAUAUGGAAGGACAUAAUUUGCCGCUUCGGAAUACCCCGUAUUCUCAACACGGAUCAUGGAACGCAGUUUGAUUCUGAAGCCUUCAGGACCUUUUGCAAAAGGUGGGGGAUUAGUUUAAGGAUGGCAUCCGUGGCCUACCCACAGGCCAACAGACAGGCGAAGGCAAGCAAUAAAACUAUUCUCCAUGGGUUGAAGACUCGACUGGAACGAGCUAAAGGCAGAUAG